AUGUCAACGCCGGAAGAACGAGAUGUUCUCAAAUGCCUUGUCCAACAAGUAUCCCGGGCUUUUUACGAGGCCAAGUAUACCAUCAUUAUGGACCAGCUCGCACGACAUCCUGUGCUGAAGGACGACGACUUGGCGAGUAGGAUGGGUUUGCAACCGAAAGAGCUGAAUAAAGUCAUUGCCGUCCUCUCGAACGACUCUUUAGUUAGAGUAUACCGGCAAAAUGAAUUAAAAGAAGGAGCGCAGCGAGCAGUUGGGAAGCAAUACUAUUAUAUCGACUACGCUCAUUUCUGCAAUGUUGUCAAAUGGAGAAUAGCCAAAAUGCACCACAAGAUUGACUCUACUCUCCGGAACGAACUUGACAACAAAGGCUACAUCUGCCUCCAGUGCAAACAAUCAUAUACGCCCCUCGACGUGGAUAAGCUGAUGGACUUUGCGCGAGGUGUAUUGGUGUGUGAGAUAUGUCACGCGGAGGUGGUGGACAAUGAGAAUGCAGAGAACGUGCAAGGGAGUGAAGAUCGUAUGUCGAGAUUCAACCACCAGAUGCGAUUUAUUUUGGCUGGUUUGAAACAGACUGAAUCGAUGGUGUUACCUUCGUUUGAUGCCGCUGCAUGGAUUAAAACCAACCUAUUAGUUCGAGAAAACGGUGACUCUGCUCAAACCACCGGAGAUCUCAAAAUUGCAGGGUCAGGUCCCAGUGCUGCUCGAGACGAUGGGAUUGGCAUCGUUAUCUCGAGUGAUAAGGAUGAAGCGACGAUGCGCAUGGAACGAGAUGCUCAAGCGGAGAUCAAGCGACAGCAGAAUGCUUUGCCUGCGUGGCACUUGAAGAGUACGAUAUCCGGGGACUUGACAGCGCUGGGUGUGAAGGAGAACGCGAGGGCAGAGGCUGCUGCUGCGAUGCAAGAGUCAAUAUCGAGUUCGAACGAUGAUAUUUUGAGAGGGUUGGGUGUGGUUGGCUCGAGGCCUGUGAAUGGGGUGAACGCAACACAAACCACAGCCUUGUUGACGGUGGACCAAGAUGUUAAGCCGCAGAUACACCAUGAGGCCGAUUAUUACGAACAGUAUUACGCCUCGCUGGCCGCUUCUGCCGCUGCUUCUGCAGUAGCUACUCCCUCUGGGUUAAGUUUACCAGGCAGUUCUGACUUUGACAAUCUUGAGGAGGAGGAAGAGGACAGGAAACCAACGACUGAAUAUCUGAACUCGUUGAACGACUAUAGGAAGCGUUCACGAUCAGGGGAGGAUGUUGGAUCUUCUGGUAAGACAAAGCAGGCGAAAUUAGAGGAAUCCACAUCUCGGGUCAAUGGGGUCGCCGCGAAUGGGAGUGCCUCUAUGAGUAUGAGUUCGCGGACAAAGGACCUUAACGGGGCUGCGAAGGUCGUACACGAUCCCCUCGUCCCUGUGAACGGUAUUUCCAAACCGUUAUCAGAAGUGACGGAGGAGGAUCACGAACUGAUGUCUCCCGAAGAGUACACCGCAUAUUUCGAGAUUUUGCAGGCCCAGGAGGAGGUUUAUUAA